GCAACCUAGCCUCUGUGAGGGUCACUCAGGGCAGGGACAAAUUAUGCAGGAGGAAGACCUCGUUAAUGGUUUGUGUACAGUUCAGCUCUCCGCCUGGUCGGAGUAUAACUCCACCACACUGAGAGUUUCUCUCACAGCACCUCCAGCUCGCCCUCACAGAGGCAGCGUUCAGAAGAAUGGACACCAAAACAGAAGCUCAGUCAAACGGAGUCUCAGCCUCGGAGAAAAACGCCGCUGCUCAGGAAACAAGUUCACAGACUGCCUGUGGAGGAUGUGGGAGGAAAGUUCGUGGCUGGAUACCUGUGAAUUACAAAGAAGAAACCGUUCAGUUACUGAAGUUAGCUGGACCAGUGUUUAUCUCACAGUUGAUGAUCUUCUUGAUCAACUUCGUCAGCACUGUGUUCUGUGGACACCUGGGGAAGACAGAGUUAGCUAGUGUAGCGCUGGCCAUAGCUGUUAUUAAUGUCACAGGCUUGUCCAUUGGUGCUGGACUGGCAUCGGCAUGCGACACACUCAUUUCUCAGACAUUUGGCAGUAAUAACCUGAAGAGGGUUGGGGUGAUCCUGCAGAGGGGCAUCCUUAUCCUCCUGUUGUCCUGCUUCCCCUGCUGGGCCGUACUCAUCAACACAGAGCCCAUCCUGCUGGCCGUCAGACAGAGCCCCAGGGUGGCCAGUCUCACACAGCUGUAUGUAAAGAUAUACAUGCCUUCUCUGCCUGCUGCUUUUAUGUACCAGUUGCAAGCUCGAUACUUGCAGAAUCAGGGCAUCAUAUGGCCUCAGGUCAUCACAGGAGCUGCUGGAAACAUCCUGAAUGCUGUGAUAAACUACAUCUUCCUACAUUUGCUUCAUCUGGGUGUAGCUGGUUCUGCUGCAGCAAACUCCAUUUCUCAGUGUUCCUUGGCUGUGUUUCUUUACGUGUACAUCCGCUGGAAGGGUCUACACAAGGCUACCUGGGAUGGCUGGUCUGGAGACUGCCUGCAAGAGUGGGGUGCCUUCAUCCGCCUGGCCUUACCCAGCAUGCUAAUGAUGUGCGUGGAGUGGUGGACUUACGAGAUUGGAGGAUUCCUGGCAGGUCUCAUCAGUGAAACUGAGUUGGGGGCCCAAUCUGUUGUCUAUGAGUUAGCCACCAUCGCAUACAUGUUUCCUUUGGGAUUUGGAGUGGCAGCCAGUGUAAGAGUGGGCAAUGCUCUUGGAGCUGGAAACACAGAACAGGCCAAACUCUCCAGCAAAGUGUCCCUGGUAUGUGGAAUCUUGGUCUCAUGUGUAGUUGCUGCAUUUAUAAGUGGAACCAAGGACAUCAUUGCAUACAUCUUCACCACUGAAGAGGAUAUUGUGCACAGAGUUUCAGGAGUCAUGGUUAUGUAUGGCUUCUUCCAUCUGUUUGAUGCAAUUGCGUGUAUUACAGGAGGUAUCGUCAGAGGUGCUGGAAAGCAGCUGCUUGGUGCUAUGUGUAACAUUGUUGGCCACUAUUUUGUGGGCUUCCCACUUGCAGUGUCCCUGAUGUUCGCACUCGAUAUGGGAAUAAUUGGUAUGUGGACUGGCUUUUUUGUGUGUGUCUUCUUGCAGUCUGUUUUUUUCAUCAUUCUGAUUUGCAAACUUAACUGGAAAAAUGCAACUCAGGAGGCUCUGGUGAGAGCAGGUGUUCUGCCAGCUAAGACAAAAGAUGAAUCUUAUGCCAUGGAAAAUAAGUCUUGUAAAGAAGACGAAUCUCAGGGAGCACAGCCUGAUGGAAAAGACCAGAUUCAUGAAAAAACUGAUGUGGAGGGCCAGGGCGAACAUGAAGAAGGAACUGCAGAGGAUGGCGCAGCGGUUAUUGUAGGUGAUGUGCUGACCACCAGGCAGCUGGUUGUUCGUCGAGGACUUGCUGUUUUUCUAAUGUUGCUCAUUCUCGCUGGGGGGAUCGUGUUAGACAUACUUCUAACAGAUUUCCUCAAGCGAGCAUGAGAACUAAUAAUUCCUCUGCCAAAAAGUGACCUUUCUCAACAAGACACAGGAAGGGUGGAAAUGCUAUCUUGUUUUCUAGACCAAGGGUCAAACACUCUCUGGGAAGUUGAAAACAAGGAGCGCAACCUUCAGAAUGAAGUGCUUAAGUCAGAUCACAUGAGGGUAACCAUUUCAGAUGUAUCAAAUCGCAUCAGUGAACAUGAUGCUGUAAGCUGUGAAAACAUAAGCCAAAGAGCUGUUAAACUUGAAGUCAUGAAUCGAGCAACUUUGUGCCCAAGUAUUCUGCUGGAAGAUUUGUAAACAUGCGGAUGACAGCCUUUUAAACUAAUGCUAAAUGUGUGCAUAUUUGCAGAAGAAAUUUUACUGCACUGCAAAAUUGAAUAACCUGUUGAAUUCUGACUGACAUUUUAGUUUUAUUAGGAUCUGACAUGAAUUCUUGUUACAAACUUAAAGGGGUAGUUUAAUUAUUAAACGGUUACCUUGAUAAACAAAUAAGAUAAUCUUUAUAUGUAUAUUCAUAUACACACUCAUUGGCCACUUUAUUAUUACACAUGCUUUGUAGCUACACUCUUUGUCCAUUUUAUCAGCUCCACUUACCAUAUAAGAGCGCUUUAGUUCUACAAUUACAGACUGUAGUCCAUCUGUUUCUCUGCAUACUUUGUUAGCCCCCUUUUACCCUGUUCUUCAAUGUACAGGACCCCCAAAGGACCACUACAGAGCAGGUAUUAUUUGGGUGGUGUAUCAAAGGUGAAAAAAUGAGCUGGUAAAAUGUUGAACUACUCCUAUAAGUUACUAGAGGAUUGUUUUGCAAAUACUAGUAAUUGCCUUGCUAACUUUAGAGAGUGGCUGUUAUUAUGACAGAUAUUAUGAGAUGGAGUUGCUAAACUAAGAUUUGCCAGAAAGGGAAUUUUUAUGCUUAUUAGGUAUCAAUGAAUGUAAUUGUUACUUUUGAAGUGAUAUUUAAAAAAAAAACAAUUAUUUAAAACAUUUGAUUUGUACUUUAACUUAGACAUUUACAAAAGACGUGUAAGGUAAUAUUUUUUGCCUUGUCUUACGCACAAUUUUUAUUAUAUUUUCUGUGCACUUGUUUUAUGCUUAAUUAAACAAUGAAGUGAGUAA